ACGAAACAAAGCAAAUUCGGAACCGCUCGGAAUCUACGCAGUUGUUCCGUUGUCCGGAUGGAUAGCACCUGUACUGCUUUGUGUUAUUUUAUUCAGUGACAAAAGUGAGCUUACUAAAAGCAUGGCCAGUACGGCGCCACCGGAAAAGGACCAUUGCGGAGAGCAGAACCAGCUAGACGAAAUUCUGGAGUCGAUAGGCGCUCUGUUUGAGCUGACCCAAAAACCGUCGGAUGAUGACUUCCGUGAGUCGAUCGAACCUCCGGCGGAAAUCGACGACGAAAUCCUGGAGGCGAUCGCCGGACUGUACGUACGUGAGGGAGGAGAAGCGGAGUGGAGUUUCGUGGCGGAAUCUGACGAAACGUUGAAGCCAGAUGGUCGGCCACCGAUUCACCGCACCUUUCGGAGUCCAAACGGGUUGGAGUUCAUCGCGCUGGUUCCGGCGCUGCCGGUGAAGGUCAGCCAGCUCGGCUAUUCGGCACGGAUCCUGCAGUCCGCGCUGGAGAUUCGACUGCACAACGAGGGUUGCCUGCUGCUCGUGGACGACAGCUUCGUGGCCAGGGUCGAACUGAUGCACGUGGGACCGGUGCUGCAGGCUAAUAGCUUCAAUCAAGCCGUGACGGCACUUUUUCGGCAGCUUCGGAUUGAUCAGAUCUUGGUGGACCAGGUCAUGGCGAGACGGGAUCAACUUCGGGCUGGGCUGCUGGCCAGCAUCGACCGCAUUCGGGAGCGAUCGCCGCAGGAUCCAGCAGAAGCGUUGAAUCUGUUGGCCAUCGUGCAAAAAUCGGCUAAUCUCAAAUUUAUUGAUUUUUGUGAGUUGCUCAUGAAAAGUACGGCCAUAUCGGAACGGCUGCGGGAACAAGCUUCCGCGCUGCACCAGGUGGAGGUGACAACGGAACGGCGGAACAGAUUUCUGGAACGAUUCCACGGAAGGUUCUUGAACUCGAGCGAAGACCUUGAAGCAACUCUGAAGCACUUUUCCCAGGUGGUCGUUGAGAAUCGCACGGAAUCUUUGCUGGCGAUGGCACCGCCCUAUCUGGGCCAGCACCUGAAGGACGUUCCGCAGCGGCUGGUUCUGCAGAUUCACGAUAGCGAUGUGAAGAUGUUUCACGACCUGGACAACGUGCUGAACAAGGAGAUUUUCGCGAAACCGUUGGCGGAUCUUGCCGAGCGAUGGAUUCGUCGGGUGAGGUCGUUCAAAGUGGGACAAGCAAUUGCUGCUGGAAGUGUGAAUCCGGUGUAUUUCUCGCUUUGCCGAAGCUUGGAGGAGUUGAUACUGGAGAUUGCCAGCAGGACGGAUCACAAUCCCGGGGAGCUGCUGCAGAGCGAUCGCAACGGAUGGCAUUCGUUGAACUCGAUGAUACAGUGGAAGUCGGAGACGCCGCUGACGAAAUGUCUCCAGCGGGAGUACUACUUUGUCGUGCGUUUGCUGAAGCACUUCGAUCCGGCCUCGGACAAUGCGAAGCCGUUCGCAUACAAGCCAAGUCGAUUGUUGCUGGAGGGAACUGCCGCCAAGGCGUCCACGUUGAAUAGCAUUAUGCGACCGAUUCGGUGGUUUAUUGGACGUGUCGAGCAAAAUCCGCUUGGGAUCGCCGACGAGUUUUACGUCUGGUUCUGCCUUUUGGACGAUGUCUUGCAGCACGUCCUUCCGGAGACCGACCACAAUCUGGAAAUGUUUGAGCAAAUCCUCAAAUCGUUUGUGCAGUUGGUCAACAAGGCCACCGUCGAGCAGAUGGAGACGAUCCGGGUCAUUACGCACAACACCGGCCGGUUCAUCGUGCAAACGUGUCCGUUUGUGAACUCGGACAGGGCCCGUUCCGGCGAGGACAAGCCAAUUCUGCAAUCCCAGCUGGACGCCAUCAACCGGAUCAUGGUCGGGUCGGAAUCGGCCAACUUUUUCCGCGAUCUGAUCGACGUGUUCAGCGAAUACUGGAAGAACCGGUGCGAAAUCAUUGAGAACAUCCCGGCGAAGAACGCCCUCGCCCGGAUGGAACAGAUCAAGAAGCAGCUGCUCACCAUCGUGCUCGACGCGUUGCGCAAGAGUAACGUCUCCGUCGGACACAUUGUCGACCUGUUUCGAUCGCUGAACGACUUCGUCAUCGAUCUGGACGACGUUUCGUUCGACUGGCUGAUCAAGUCACUGCCGGAGAAGCAAAUGAAGGCCGUGCAAGGGCUGGAGCUCAUCGAACCGCUUGUCGACCACAAAUGGACCGGCACCGACAACCAGACGUACCGCGUACUCGAUCCAAUUAAGUUCCAACAGCUCUUCGUCCUCCUGCUGGACGGAGCGCCCUGCCCCAAGCACUACGUCAUCGACAUCAUCUCAAACCUCCUCGAACUCGUCCUCUUUCAGUUGGAGCACAAGCUCCUUCCCGAACCAGACCAGAUCGUGUCCUGCAGCGUCCUUCUCUCCUCGAUCCGAACCUCGCUGAUGUACCUGCGCGAGCAAGCCGACUACGUCUCGUUCGACCUGUUCCUCGACGAAAGCAUCAAACCGUUCUCGAACGUCGUCCGCAACAGUCAAUCGCUGAACGAGUUUCUCAAGCGAAUCGCCCUGAUCAAGGAAUCUUUCUGCUACAUCCGCAAGCAGAACGAGAUGAGCAUCGCGGAAGCCCUUCGGAUGUACGACGAACUCAACGGCGAGGGCGAUCAAUGCGCGGAAAUGCUCCAGCAAGCGUACCAGCAGUACAGCGAUCAGUUUGUGCAGUACAUGGCGGAACCUGCCCGCGAGGAGCAAGAUCUUGACAAGGCCGAUGUGGUGGCCAAGUUGGUGCGGGAGUCCGUCCCGUCGACGCCGAACUUGUUCAGCGGUUGGACCACGCAGUUCAAGCUAACGGAACUGCCAAAGAUCCUGGCCGGCGUGGCCGCCGUCUGGUCCAUCACAGUGUCCGAGGACGUGUCCAGCACCGGGAAGUACUUUAAGCCGCACUGCAUUCAGAUUUUGUGCGUGCUUCGGCUGCUGAGUGCGGACCGUGCUGAGAACGGCGUUGACAAGCACCUGGCCCAGGUCCUGACCGGUCAGGGCAAGUCGCUAGUGCUGGCGAUGAUCGCGGCUGUUCUUGCACUAACCGGCCACCAGGUCCAACUGGUUUGCUACAACCAAUAUCUGGUGAACAGAGACAAGGCCGACUUUGACGACCUGUACGAUAUGUUGGAGAUCGGCCACGCCAUCCGGUACGGAACAUUCAACGAUAUGGCCAACGCAGUCAUCGCACCGGAGAUUGAUGGAACAUCGAGGAGCCUGCGGUCGUUUGUGAGUGACUUGGUACUGUCGGAACCUCGGAAAUCGCGACCGAGUAAGCCCAAGGCACAGGUGAAAGACAACUCGGUUCUUCUCAUGGACGAAGUGGACGUUUUCUUCACGAAGGAUUACUACGGCAGUAACUACCAGCCAAUUGUGACUCCAACGAUAGUUGGUUUGGGCGCUAUUCAGAAGAAAAUCUGGAAUUUGGUCCAUGCCCAAGGAAUGCGAGAUGUUCCUCAAUUGACGAUGUGUAUUCAUGAGUUCAUUGCGUCGCCCUCUUUCAAAAGCAAGCGAUAUUUCGAACAUUUCCUUCACCGACGAACGUCGUACGAGUUGCUUGUCUACAGCGGAGACAAGUACAUCAGGAAGCAGUUCACCAACGAAAAGCUCUUUUGGGAGCAACUAAAUCUGAUGAUUGCAUGUGCCAUCUCGGUCGCCGAUAACAAACGGGAUUGGGUCAACUUCAAACUCAACGAGAUGGGUGUGCUUAUGUACAGAAGCAGCGAUCGUUUCGUGACCUCAACCGUGGACAGCUACCGAUCAAUGUUCAACUAUUUCCGGCUGAAGAAAUGCAACUUUAAACCAAUGGUAAACUACGGCCCGAACUACGGCUACCUGAUCAUUGAUUGUGGUCCCAUCUCGUACGCCAUGCUGCCCAAGACCUUCCCGCUCAUCCUGGGAGUCACCGGAACGCUGACCUCGUUGAACCACCACGAAAAGGCGGCCAUCGAGCGGCUCUACAACAUCCGCCGAUCGUCGCUCAUGCCGUCGUUCUUCGGCUGUUGCAACGUGCAGUUCAACCCGGCGGAGAACCUCACCGUCCUGUCCUCCAAGCCGUUCUGGAUGGGCCAAAUCUUCUCACGUGCCCACGCCGCCAUCGGUGCCAAACGGGCCGUCAUCAUCUUCUUCUACAACGACGCCCUGCUGGAGAACUUCCGCGCCCAGUACUGCGGCCAGCUCGAUCGGCUGGAAGUGCUCACGGAAAACACCGCCGAGGACGAGCAGGAAGUGCUGAUUGGGGAGGCCGGCGUCGCCAAAACGGUCACCCUGGCCACACGCGGCAUGGGACGGGGCGUCGACUACAAGUCCAGCGUGGCGGUUGAGAAAAGCGGUGGCGUGCACGUGAUUCAGACCUUUUUCUCGCUGGACGUGAAGGAGGAGACGCAAAUCCGGGGCAGAACCGCCCGGAAGGACAACAAGGGCAGCUACGAGCUGAUUCUGUGCGAGGCCCACCUGAAGACGCAACGGCUGAUGGCAAACGCGGAUUUGUUUGUGACGUACGCGAAGCUGGAUGCGGCCAGGGCGGAGAUUGCCCUCAAGGAGGACAAGGACGUUGGGGAGAAGAUUGCGAAGAACACGGGCGAUCACAUGACCACGCUGGCGUAUUUGCAGUCGUUCUUUUCGUAGUUUAAAAGCAGUUUACACAGGUUUAAAGUGAGUUUGAAUAAAUGAAAAAGUUCU